AUGGACCUAAUUGCACCCCCUUCGCUGGAUACUGGGGUGUUCAACCCCCAGCAACAAGAGGCGACCACUCUCAUCACCAGCAUCUACCCGAAGCUUGCGGCACUCCAAGCGCUGGACGCCGCAGCAAAUUCUCCUGCAGCUUCGCGUAUCGCUCUGGCCGACCCUGGAGCGCAGUCGCCUGCAGCACAACGCCUAGCUGAAGAUGUCCUGGCUGGUGCCGCCCAGCGCGAAUGCUGUGCACUGACAUGGACAAGGGACGAUCCUCAACAGCAAGCCAACCCGUGGGCACAGCACAUUCCCUCUGAAGGUUCGUAUCAGCUACAUCAUCCUACACUGGGCAAUUUCCCGAUCAAAGUGGAGGGUGAUUGUUCCGUCAUCAACACCCCCUCAACGCGACCAGUGACAGCCAUCUACGGCCACAAUGCGCCCAUGACACCGCAGUCAGCACGUAAGCCUGCCUCGAUAGCCAUCCUCAACCCCUUCGUACUCUCACCUACAACGCCUCGAACGAAUGCAUUCUCGCCUCUUCCGCCACCGCCCCGGUUCGACGGUAUGAACAGACCAGUCUCCUUGACCCCAUCUGUGAUGUCGAUCGGGCAACUCCCCACCACCACCGAUGCGACCGCCGACGACGCCGUCCUCGGCCGUCUAGACUUCACCAACGAUGCCUUGACCCUCAACCUCGGCGCCCUAUCACGUUUCGGCAACCCCUUCCUCGUCGACGUCAUCACCUCCACCAUCCUCGCUGUCGCCAUUGCAGAAGCCACCCGCGGCCGCAAGAACCGCAAAGCCAGCCAAGAAAGCUUCGAGCCCCCGCCUCCCAGCUUCCUGCUCACCCACCAAAAGGAAGACACCGCCAAGGCCUUCAAGGAAUCCUUCGUCGAGGGCUUCCAGGGCUUCGGCGGCAAAACCAAGGCCCCCGCCGGUCUGAAGAAGUUCGCAUCGAGCAUGAAGAGCUCGCGCAAGUCGAGCAGGGAUUUCGACAAGGAUAUUGAGCUGGGCGAGUGGUAUGGGCAGGAUAAGACGACUAAAGCGAAAGAAACCAAGGCGGAGCAAAAGGCGCGGAAGAAGCAGGAAGACCAGGAUAAAUUGCCGCUGGUGACGCGAACGAUUGUGAAUGUGUUGACGUUUGCGUUCAAGAGUGUGGUGUUUGUGAUCAAGAUUGCGAUUAAGAUUGUCGCGGGCGUUGUGGUUAUGAUUACGAGGAAUUUCGGGAAGUUGUAG